AUGAAGAAUCAGUUAAGAUCUUGGAGAAUGGAGAUUGGAUCGUCUAAGGGCAUUCUUAAUAGUGGGGAUUUUGGUGUGGGUUUUGAGGAGUUUUUGUUUCAUAACCUCCUCGGAGCUCCAUACAGAGGGGGAAACGCCGUCGUAGUCAACAACAGUCUGUUAAUUUCACCGGUCGGUAACCGGGUCUCCGUCACCGAUCUCGUAAAAUCCGAAACCGUAACUUUACCAUGCCAGUCCUCCUCCAACCUUCGUCGCAUCGCCGCCUCUCCCAACAGCGUCUUCCUCCUCGCUAUCGACGAAAACAACCGGUGCCUCUUCAUUAACCUUCGCCGCCUUACCGUCCUCCACCGCAUCACCUUCAAACACCCCGUACCAUUUUUAUUUUUAGGCCACAGGGAAGCAAUCGUUGGUUGUUUCUUCGGAGUUGAUAAGAAAACAAAUAAGGUUUCUAGAGUUUACACUGUAUCGCGUGAUGGAGCCAUUUUUAGCUGGGGUUACAGUGAAACUGAUGAGAAUUUUGAUGAAAUGGAUUGUGAUGUUUCUGAACCAGUAUCCCCAGGUACACCAGAACAAAGGCAAGCACAGAAUGAGGAACAUAGAGAUUCAUCCCAAAUGAAACUACACUUUUCAUUAUUGAAUAUGACGAAAUCUGGUUCAGUUAUUGUAUGCUUGGCUCUUAUUGCUGCAUUCUCCCUAGGGUUAAGUUCAGCCCAAAACUGUGGGUGUGCUUCCCGCGGGUUGUGUUGCAGCAAGUUUGGGUAUUGCGGCACUGGAAACGACUACUGCGGCGAAGGGUGUAGAGAAGGGCCGUGCUACUCCUCCCCUGGUGGCGGCGGAAGCGGGUCGGUGUCUAACAUCGUGACAGUUUCGUUUUUCAACGGAAUUGCCAAUCAGGCGGGUCCGAGCUGCGAAGGAAAGGGGUUCUACACGCGAAACUCAUUUCUUGAAGCCGCCAAGUCCUACCCCAAGUUCGGAACCACUGGGACCGCCGAUAACAUUAAGCGGGAAAUAGCUGCGUUUUUCGCCCACAUAACUCAUGAAACUGGACAUUUGUGCUACAUAAGGGAGAUCAACGGUGCUACCAGAGACUACUGCGACAAGAACAACAGACAGUACCCCUGUGCACCCGGAAAGAAGUACUACGGUCGUGGACCCAUCCAACUAUCUUGGAAUUACAACUACGGUCCCGCCGGCCAAAGCAUCGGUUUCGAUGGCCUAAAUAACCCAGAUAUUGUUGCAACCAACAACAUUAUUUCCUUCAAGACCGCCUUAUGGUUUUGGAUGAACAAUUGUCAUUCUUGCCUCAUCUCUGGUCAGGGUUUCGGCUGCACCAUUCGGGCUAUCAAUGGCCCGCUUGAGUGCAAUGGCGCUAAUUCCGCGACUGUUACCAAGAGGGUUGAGUAUUACACCAAGUAUUGCCAGCAGCUUGGUGUUAAUCCUGGGAAUAAUCUCAGAUGCUAGCUACAAAUAUAUAUUAUUCGCUUGCCAAUGUAAUAAAUACUAGAUAUAUACUUGAAUAUCUAGUAUAAAUAAGAGCAAGCUAAGCUAAUGAUGUUACUUAGCAUCUUUAAUUUGAAUAAAAAUUGCAUAUGUUGCUA